AUGGUAGCCAGAAAUCAAGAGUCGGUAUUCCCCACGGUGCAAGGUCAAAGUGAGGAUGACGGCCAAAAUCCGACUCAACAUAAACCCAAGAUCGAGAAAUCUCAGCCACCGUUCUGGCUGAAAAAGGCCGCAUUACUGUUGUUCACACUCAUCUUUAUUGCAUGCAGUGCUGCACUCGUUGUGCUAGAUCGAGUCAUUACAGCCCAAAAUGGAAUUCCUCUCACUAUUUCUACCACUACUUAUUCCUGGACCUACGGCCCGACUGCGAUGCUUAUCGUAAUCCUCAGUUUAUGGAGACGAUAUGACUAUUGUGCCAAAGCUGUUCAACCAUGGUGUGAGCUUCAGGCUGGAAAGGCAACUGCUAGCCGAUCGGUCUUGCUAGACUAUAUUACGCCAUUUCAAGCAAUGAGCCUUUUACGUGCCAUUAAGAACCGUCAUUUCGUCGUGGCAUCGACAAUCGCAUCUUUCUUCAUUAUCAAACUCAUCAUAUUGACUUCGACCACUCUAUUCGUUUUGAAUGAGACAAGUAUUGAAGGGACAUUCAACAUCACCUACCAAGACAAAAUUGAGGAGGCUGGCCUCUGGAAGCAGUAUAACAUGUCAGACAAAAUAACUUCUGGUUGGCCGGAGGGCCUUUUUCCGGCAUUUGACGGAGGAUCCAGUGAUCCUAUAUGGGCCUUUCUGGGCAGCUUAAACAACAUCUCAAGUAACGACACGAAAUGGCAUCCAGCUGAGGGCCUAUCCACGCAAAGUUUUGAUAUCGUCGCGAGUGGCCAUAAUGUUACCGAAAUAACUGCACCCGUGGAUGUUUUUACACCCAAGAUCACCUGCGAAGACGCAAAUCUUGAGGCUCUUGUGAAUAAACGAUAUCAGGGGAUGAGUCCGUAUGGGAAUCGAGACUUCCACUUCACCUCCAAGACGUGCAUUGGCAUUGGAGGGGAAGAAGUCGACGUCUGCUUACCAAAGCUCAACGAUCCACCAACAGAGGGAUAUCGAAGUUGUGUGAAAAACCCAUUUGCAUAUACAGUUCAUCGUAUCAACUGUUCUGCUGGGUCCAGCGACGACUCAAACAGACCACAGCUACAAGAUUGGCUGGCCAAGAACAAACCAUUUGAUCUACGUUAUGCUAUUACAGCUGCACAAUUCAAGAGUUCAUUCAUUAAUGAUACAGUUAAUGGUCCUCUCACUGACCUAAACCUAACCACCUCGGCUGCGAUCAUUUGCAAAUUGGGGUACGCAAUUGAAACUCGGGAUGCAACAUUGGACGUGAUUUCCAGAUCAGUCACGUUCUCGAAGGCCCCUAUAAGAAGUACAACUUUGGGAAACUUGUCCGAUCUUGCAUUUGCUGAAAUGUUAUGGGCCAAUUUCAAGAAACCGGCCGAUUCUCUGGUUACCAGUGACAAAAUCCCUACGCGUCGCCCUGCGCGUACAGGAUUAACCAACUCCCCACUCGCACCCGAGGCAGUUUUGUUCCAGUUGAUGUAUGCACAACUAGGCUAUCCAGAAGAUCUGGACAUCUUUAACAGCCCAUCGGUCCUUGCGAACUCCUCUAUCACUAUUCUUGAAGCUGUGGCUCGAAACAUGGCUCGUCAAUCACUCCUAGUCCCCUCAGAGGAGCAGGCAAUUGCUCGAGGGUUCCGAACAGAGAGUCGAUUAUUUAUGAGACCAGUGGCGAUUUGGACAAUUGUAGGAAUGUUCACCCUCCUUACCAUUAUAUGUCUGUUGUUACUAUGCAUCACUCGGCCGUUCGAAUGGAGUCCAACAAUGGCAGGCUCUUUAGCUAGCCAUGCUUCUGUUCUGGUUAAUAGUCCAGACUUUCAAAAGGUUUUGGCUGAGACUGGGCAUCUCCCUCAGGAUGGACUCAAAGAAAGUCUCAAUAAUAUCAAAUUCUCUACCGUAACUGGUCGCGAUGGGGAACCUCGUCUGACAGUCGAAACUGCACGUCAAGACUCUGGUUCUGAAGAGUUGUCAUCAAAGACCCGUGAGCAGAAACGGCCAUGGAUUCCGCUCGCAGUUCGUCUUCCUCUCAUCUCCAUAACAUUUAUAGCUCCGCUUAUCUGCAUCGGGGUUCUGGAGUUGCUGUAUCGCAUUCUGAGAGACAAGAAACAUCUUGUGGUGAUAGGAACGCAAGACUCGGAUGCAUUAUCCUAUGUCAUCCGCCUGGCAUCAACAAUCAUAGUAUUUGGUGUGGCAACCAUGAUCAACAAUCUUGAUUUUACCAUUCUCACAUUUGCUCCUUAUUCAAACCUUAGGGCUGGAAGUGCCUCUGCUAAGCGGAGCCUUCUUUUCCAUCCACUGUCUAUGAAUCCCUUCCUCAUUCUUUUCAAAGCAGCCUUAAAUGGUCAAAUUGGCAUCGCUUCAUCAAAUGCUGCGACCAUCAUUGCUGGCUUUCUUACCAUUAUUGUAUCUGGUCUUUGGAUCGCUGUGCAAUCUCCAGUCGUCAACCAACACGCAUCCGCUUUGGUCAGAAACUGGGAUCUUGAUUGGUUUUCAGAUUAUGGGCAAGACAACGGUGCAACUCUUGAACUCAACCUGAUCCGGAACCGCGGGGCUGUCACUCCACCUUCCAUUUGGAACGAGCUGGUUGUGCCCAAAAUAUCGUUACAAGGCGACUUUACAGAUGCGGCUUAUCGAGAUCCAAACUACGUGUUUGAUGUCAUAGCUCUCCAGCCUAUCAUUAACUGUUCUGUGCUACCACAGGAAGCCAUAUCCUCACUACACUGGUCCUUCGCCGAUCAACCAGGGGCAAUAAGUAAUUACGCCCCACCAGAUGGAGCUAUGGUUGCGAUCAGUCCUCCCAGAAUCCCACAAACGUGCUCAGUCUCGAAUCAUCAAGGCUUUGCCGAUCUAAGAAUUAAUAUUACCUACAAUACCUAUGACAGCUUGAGCAAGGUAUGGGUUGCGAAAUAUAUUGAUCUGGCCAAUUCUACGGCUGGACAAGUGGAAGUAGACUGUCCAUCGAUUGCGAUGUUCUUCGGUUAUUUCAACAAGACAGAGCCCUCAGAGAAGAAUAUCACAGCGCUUCUUUGCACUCAAGGGAUAAAUCAAGUUCCUGUCUCAAUUCAGUAUCGAGGAGAUCCUAUUUUGGGGCAAAUCACUAGCGUUAGGAAACGUGGGAAGUCUGAACCUGUCAGGAACAGAACCACUGGUUCCGAGACGUUGGGAUAUAAGCUUGAACCUUUCAUGGCUUCUCAACUUCUCAACUUCGAAAAGAAUGACACAGAGUAUCAAUACGACCCUUUCUUCGACCAACUCCUUCAUCAUUCGAACAGAUAUCCUACAGACUCACUUCUGGGGCCGAGUAACACCGACAGCCUCAUUGAAGCGGUCACAAACGCCUACUGUGAGCUCAUGAGACACAUCAUUAAUCGCAACCUGAGGUUUGAGAGCGAUAAAUCUCGGCAUAUACUUGGUGCUUCGGAACAAGCCUCGACAACAGCCCAAUCAGUCAUCACUGGGUAUUACUCUGCAGAGGUCACACAUCUCGUCAUCGAUUCGACCUCGAAACUCAUCCUGCAAAUACUUCUUGGCGCUAUGACCGGACUUAGUUUUAUUGGAUUUCUUUUAGUCAAGAUCCGUCGCACUCUUCCAAGAGACCCGUGCACAAUCGGUAGCACGAUGUCUCUGUUGGCUGGUUCCGAGCUUUGCGACCCGCGAUUUCAAGUUCUCCCCUCGGGUGCAGAGCGCAUGAGUGUGAAGGAAAUGACCCUGGCUCUCGAUGGUUGGGUGUUCAGCUUAGGCUGGUGGCGCAGUACUACCGCUAACGACACUUCUUGCCCUGAGGUCGAUAGCAGUACGAGCCAUGUUGACCUAUCAGCUAGGAAUGCUACCGAGACGGAUGAAAAAAAGAUGAGAUUUGGAAUCAAUAUCGGGAAGCCAGACUCUUCAGUUCUGUCUUGA